CGAACAGAACCUCAGAACCACCGGGAGGAGAAGCUCCGGUUCCCUGAGAGGACCGUAGAUUUACCGGUUAACGGGCAAAAAGCUGCAGAAAUAUUAAACUAAACGCAGCUCCUUUUUAUUUUAAUGUCUAUAAUUUAAUAUUUAUUUAUCCUGUAGGCUGUAAAAACGUUUUUUUAAUCUUUUCUCCGGUUUAAAGUGACAUUUCUCCGGUUCUUUUCACGCGCACGGAGCCUGUUCGGUUACCGGAGGGAGGAGGGGGAGGAGGCUGCCCGGUUUGACGUCACCGCCCUCCGCUGUCUCCGGUGCUUCUCUCCGGUGCUUCUCUCCAGUCGGUUCCGUGGAUGCUGGAUCCGGAUCGGUCUGAUCGGUCUCUGCUUCUCCGGUUGAAGGAGGAAAUGUCGCACCGGAUCCCGGCGCCGCUCCAUCCCGGUUUCCUGCCUCCGGCGCCGCACGGAGUCCUGAAGUCUCUGCUGGAGAACCCGGUGAAGCUGCCGCAGCAUGACGCGUUCAGUAAGGACCAGGACAAGGAGAAGAAGCUGGAGGAGGAGCGUAGCGCCCCCCAGUCAGCCUUCCUGGGUCCGACGCUCUGGGACAAGACGCUGCCCUACGAUGGCGACACCUUCCAGCUGGAGUACAUGGACCUGGAGGAGUUCCUGUCCGAGAACGGCAUCCCGUCCAGCCCGUCCCAGCACCACCACGACCAGCACCGCCACAGCCAGCGCCAGCCGCCAAUCGUGGCCCCGCCCACUCCGGCCCCGCCCACCGUGAUGGACCUCAGGAACCACGCCUCCACCUCCGCCCACACAGCUGUCGUCCCCCCGAACACCCAUCGCAGCGGCCCGGCCAGAGCAGGCCUCCUGAGCUCCAGAAACACUCCUAGUCCUAUCGAUCCGGACUCCAUCCAGGUCCCGGUGGGCUACGAUCCGGACCCGGCAGACCUGGCUCUAUCCAGCAUUCCAGGUCAGGAGAUGUUCGACCCUCGGAGACGGAAGUUCUCCGCAGACGAACUCAAACCGCAGCCGAUGAUCAAGAAAGCUCGGAAGGUUUUCAUCCCUGAAGACAUGAAGCAGGAUGAUAAAUAUUGGGCUCGGCGGAGGAAGAACAAUCUGGCGGCGAAGCGUUCCAGAGACGCCCGGCGGCUGAAGGAGAACCAGAUCGCCAUCCGGGCCGGGUUCCUGGAGAAGGAGAACUCGGCGCUCCGCCAGGAGGUGGCCGACCUCCGGAAGGAGCUGGGGAGAACCAAGACGGUUCUGGCCGAGUACGAGGCCCGACACGGACCGCUGUAGGACCAGAAACACUCCACCUGGACACACCUGGACACACCUGGACACACCUGUGGGACCACCAGCCUCCAGCUUCAGAUCCACUCACAGCAGCUAAGAUCCAAACAUAGAACCAGAACCAACCGUUGGACUUCAGGUCAACAGAUCUCAUGAAAACGUCGCUGUCGCUGCUUUAAUGGUUUUUAACCUCAGAGAUUCAUUUCUAAAACAGUUUUUAACCUUUCUGGCUCCUUUAAUUCACUGUUGGUUCAUUUUAAAGUCCUGCAGAACCAGAGCGAGAACCAGAACUAGAACCAUAUGAAGAAGGAGAGAGAACGACAAAAUGUGACCCAGUUAGAAGCUAGAAAAUCAGAAAAAGCUGAACUUCUAGCACAAAAUUAGUCCAGAAUGACCCAAAAUUUGUUUCAAAUGAACCAAAACUUGAAAAAAAUUAAUUGAAACUUGUCAAAAAUUGCGUAAAAAAGAAAAAAAAUGAACUCAGAAAUGUUUUCUGUCAGUCAAAAUUGUGGAAACCAGGAAAAAAAACAAGAAAAAAGAUGAAUUUCCUGCACAAGAUUCGUCCAAAAUGAGCCAAAGUUUGUUUAAAACGAACCAAAAUUUGUCAAAAAUGACUUGAAACAGAAAGAAAAUCGUGUCCUGUGCUGUAUGACACAUACAUGUUGUGGUGCCGUAAAUCAGACAAUCAUGCUAAGUUUCUUUGAUUAUUUGGGCUACACUGCCUGCAGUUCAUCCAAAAACUGAUUUUUUUCAGGUGACUGUUGAUCACAGCUGAGUCACUGAUUUCUCCUUGGUUGCACAAAAAUUUCCAUAAUUUUUUUUGAUAUUUACAGAAUCUGGCAAAAGCUGAAAGAUUAUUUUUGGUGAAUUUUUAAAAGAAACAAGUAGAAUAAAUAGAUUUUAAGAGAAUAUUUACAUUUUUAAACUAAGAUUUGGUUCAUUUUCCCACAGAAUGGUAUUUACUUAUUACAAAAAAUUUAAAAAAAAAACAAAUAGAAUCUACAUGUUGAAUAUUUGUCCAGAAAAAAAAUAUGAUUUCCUCAUUCUGGAGAUAUUUAUAAAUACUGUAGAUGUGGAAACACUGCCUGCAGUUCAGCUGAAAACUCUCUGAAUUUGUGAAAUAUGACCGUUGAUCUCAGCUGAGUCAUUAAAGGCUUCAUGGUUUCACAGAGGAAUGUAGAAUUUUUUAUUUUUUAAAGAAUUUUUUUAAGCAAAUGUACUUUAAAAAUUUGGGGCAAUUUUUUUUAAAUUUAGACGUGGAAUAAAGAGGUUUUUGAUUGAAUAUCAGGAUUUUCAGCUUAAAUUUGUUGAUUUUUCUGAGUAGGACCAUUGAAAUCUUUGUUUUUACAGUUUCUGGCUGAUAAAUGUCAUAUAAGCAACUUAAAAAGGAUUUGAGGAUCAAAUAAUUCAAUAAUAAUAAUAUUGUGGUAGAUAUUUAACUGUUUUUAAUCUGUUUCUGUUCUUGGCUCCUCUCUGCUUUGUGGAAACGCUGCCUGCAGUUUCACCAAAAACUCUCUGAAUUUUCACGAUGUGACUGUUAGUCUCAGCUGAGUCACGAAUAUCUUUGUAGCUGCACCAAAGUACACAGAAUAUUUAGUUUUCAGCAGAAUUUUAUUAGAAGAAACUGUUUAUUUUUGCCAAUUUUUUAAAUGGAGAUGGAGAAAAUAAACUGAUUUUAGUCCAUGAUGUGUUCAGGGACCACGGGGAAGUUGGAAAUCUCAGUGUUUAUUAUGUUUUUACAGCUUCUGGCUGAUAAAUGGUGUCAUUUUUUAGGAGGUUUUGGUGGAACUAUUUUCAGCGGCAGAUUAAUCCAUGAGCUUUGUUGAGUUUUAUUAGUUUCAGUCACACCUGUGUGGUAUUUCCUGCCUGUUUCCAUGGUAACGAUGGAUUGUACCUGCUGCCAGUGGAGCUGAUUAAAUGCAGAUGUUUUCCCAUGAUGCACCUCUUCAUGAAUGGGAUCUGUUCAGCCUUUCUGGAGCUUCAGAUUCAGUGUUGAUAUUUUAAAUAAAUUAAUUACUUGAAUUAAAACCCCGAAACACCAAAAAACGUUUUAUAGCAGCUCUAAAAAAAAAAGUUCAUACGACUUCAGACUGACAUCAGGGAGAGUUUUAACCCUCUGGACUCAUUUUUAUUCACUUGAUUUUAAUUUUUAUUCAUUUUAAACUAAUAUUUCUUCACCUUAGACUUAUUUUAUUCACUUAAGGUAAAUUUUUCCUCACUGCUGGUUAAUUUUUCUUCACUUUAGUAUUUUUUUUUCACUUUUGGCUUAUUUUUUUCACUUUAUUCUCAUUUUUCUUCACUUUAUUUUUUCUUCACUUUAAACUAAUAUUUCUUCACUUUAGUCUAAUUUUCUUCACUUUAGACUCAUUUUCUUUCAAUUUAGGCUCAUUUUUCCUCUAUUUCUGCUCAUUUUUCUUCACUUUUGGCUUAUUUUUUUAGUUUAUUUUCCUGUUGCUUCACUUUAGGCUAAUUUUUCCUCGUUUUGUGCUCAUUUUUCUUCUCUGUAGUUAAUUUUUCAACCUAAACUCUGUGAAAACAAACAACAUGAAGAAGAACUCAGAAAGUUAGAAUGAUGGAAAAUCAGAAUAAAGAAAAAAAUUUGAUGAAAAUGGUAUUUUUUUUGGAUUAUUUAUAGUUAAAAUUUUUAAUGACACUCGAACCAUCUACCUAUUCCAGACACUGGACUGAUUUUAUUUUACUUUAGUUUCUAUGGGUCUGUGUGAACAACGCCUGCAGUUCAACCAAAAACUUUUUUGUGAUUUUUUGUGAUUUUUUUUUUUAGUCGCAGCUGAACCUCCGAUGGUUUCACAGCUGCUCCAAAGAACACAGAGUUGUUAGAUUUUUUAAAUUUUAUUUUUUACAGAAUGUAGUCAAAGUAAACUGUCUUUGAAGUAAAAUUGAUUAAUGAAGUGAUGUUUCACUCAUGAUGCAUUCAAGGGCCGUCAGACAGUUGAAUAAUCCGACACGUCUUUCUGUUUCUACAGUUUCUGGCUCAUAAAUAUUCAUUUUGGUGAUUUAAAGAUUAAAACAUCACACGACUUUCAGACCCGCCGGCGGGUUUUUGGAGUUCAGAGGGUUAAAAACGACAAACAGAAGAACCAGAGAAAGUUUUCAGGUUAUUCAGUUGUUUUUUGUUUCAGUUUCUCACAGAGCGGUUUUACAGAAAUAUAAAACUUUCAUUAAUUUUUGGAAUAUAAUCGUUGAUCUCUGCUGAGUCACUAAAGGCUUCUCGGUUUCACAGAGAAAUGCAGAAUUUUUUCUUUUUUUACAGAUUUUUAUUCCAGCAAACAACUCAAUUUUGACAAUUUUUUAUAUUUAAGACGUGGAAUAUAGUGAUUUUUGAUUGAAUAUCAGGAGUUUCAGCUUAAAUUUGGUGAUUUUUCUGAGUAGGACAGUCAGAUUCUUUCUGUUUUUACAAUUUCUGGCUGAUAAAUGUUUUCAUACAAGCAAUUUAAAAAGGAUUUGAGAAUUAAAUAAUAACUUAUUAGAUAAUAACGUUGUGGAGGCCAACUCAUCCAACUCAGUCCUGGUUUCUCUGCUGCACCAAAGACUGCAGAAAUUUUGGAUUUUUACAGAAUGGGUUUGGAGCAAACAGAAUAUUUUUGCAGAAUUUUUAAUCGAGACGUUGUUUUGAUGAACUCUCAGAUUUUCAGCUCAAAUUUGGCUCAUUUUCCAUCUAAAAUGAGGUUUUUACGGUUUCUGCCUGGUGGAUUUUUGUAGUUUUCUCUAAAAACGACUCGUCUUUCCGACCUGCCGGCAGGUUUCUGGGUUGAACUCUCUGGAACGAGUCGCCACGUCACUAAAACGGAACCAAAUAUUCAGAAAAAAAAGAACAGACAAAGACCCAGACAGUCAAAAAAAUCCUUUAAACCUGAUUUAAAACUCAGAUGAGUUUCUGUAUUUAGUUUAUUUCAUAGCAUGAAUUUCUUUUCUUCCCGCUGGCAGUGAAUGUAAACCUGGAACCACUUCAGACCUAAACAAAACAUUUAUUAUAAGUAGAAAUAUAAAUAAAUCUAUAUGUCAUAGUUUUGCUGUUUCUACAGAUUCAUCUUGUCGUUUUGUAUGUUUGUUUCCUUCCUGUGUGGUUUUUAGACAGAUUUUAUAAAGUGCUGAGUGGGCAUUAACUCUCCUCGGAGCUCCGCCCCCGACUCACCUGGACAGGUGAGGAAUCUGUACAGUUUAUAACCAACACUUUAGUUCACUUCCUGUGAGUUUCUCUUUUCUCUGCCGUUUGAUUCUGUGUUCGCAAAUAUUUUCCUGUUUUUGUCCUCAAAUCUGUUCAUGAUCAAAAAAUGAGAAAUAAAAAAAUAAAUCCAG